GUCCGUUCGCGUCGGGCUCUGCUUGCGCAGGCGGCUUCCGGAACUUGCGUGGCGGAGACGAGGCGGGCUCGUCUGUCGUCUCGCACGGCACGGAAGACGGAACCGUCACGGCACGGGGAUUCCUUCCCCACGAGGCCACGACCCGAUCUCUCUCCCUAUCGUCCCCGACGCCAUAAAUUGCCCACCCUCGCCUUCUUUCCUAGUCACAUCUCGUCUCGUGUUGUUCGGAGCACACCACGCGAUCCCAAAUCAAAUCGCUCUCCUUCUCGCUAGCCUCGGCGAUCCCACCCCCGCUUCAAGAUGCAGAUCUUCGUUAAGACCCUCACCGGCAAGACCAUCACCCUUGAGGUGGAGUCUUCUGACACCAUUGACAAUGUCAAGGCCAAGAUCCAGGACAAGGAGGGCAUCCCCCCGGACCAGCAGAGGCUUAUCUUCGCGGGCAAGCAGCUUGAGGAUGGGCGCACUCUCGCUGAUUAUAACAUCCAAAAGGAGAGCACCCUCCACCUGGUUCUCCGUCUCAGGGGAGGCAUGCAGAUCUUCGUGAAGACCUUGACUGGCAAGACUAUCACCCUUGAGGUGGAGUCUUCUGACACAAUCGACAAUGUCAAGGCCAAGAUCCAGGACAAGGAGGGCAUCCCCCCGGACCAGCAGAGGCUUAUCUUCGCGGGCAAGCAGCUUGAGGAUGGGCGCACUCUCGCUGAUUAUAACAUCCAAAAGGAGAGCACCCUCCACCUGGUUCUCCGUCUCAGGGGAGGCAUGCAGAUCUUCGUGAAGACCUUGACUGGCAAGACUAUCACCCUUGAGGUGGAGUCUUCUGACACAAUCGACAAUGUCAAGGCCAAGAUCCAGGACAAGGAGGGCAUUCCCCCAGACCAGCAGAGGCUUAUCUUUGCUGGCAAGCAGCUUGAGGAUGGCCGUACCCUUGCUGAUUAUAACAUCCAGAAGGAGAGUACCCUCCACCUGGUGCUCCGCCUGAGGGGUGGGAUGCAGAUCUUCGUGAAGACCUUGACUGGCAAGACUAUCACCCUUGAGGUGGAGUCUUCUGACACAAUCGACAAUGUCAAGGCCAAGAUCCAGGACAAGGAGGGCAUUCCCCCAGACCAGCAGAGGCUUAUCUUUGCUGGCAAGCAGCUUGAGGAUGGCCGUACCCUUGCUGAUUAUAACAUCCAGAAGGAGAGUACCCUCCACCUGGUGCUCCGCCUGAGGGGUGGGAUGCAGAUCUUCGUGAAGACCUUGACUGGCAAGACCAUCACUUUGGAGGUUGAGAGUUCUGACACCAUUGACAAUGUGAAGGCCAAGAUCCAGGACAAGGAGGGCAUCCCUCCGGACCAGCAGAGGCUCAUCUUUGCUGGCAAGCAGCUUGAGGAUGGCCGCACCCUAGCUGAUUAUAACAUCCAGAAGGAGAGCACUCUCCACCUCGUGCUCCGCCUGAGGGGUGGGAUGCAGAUUUUCGUGAAGACCUUGACUGGCAAGACCAUCACUCUGGAGGUUGAGAGUUCUGACACCAUUGACAAUGUUAAGGCCAAGAUCCAGGACAAGGAGGGCAUCCCCCCAGACCAGCAGCGUCUGAUCUUUGCUGGCAAGCAGCUGGAGGAUGGCCGCACCCUUGCCGAUUACAAUAUCCAGAAGGAGUCUACUCUCCACCUGGUGCUUCGUCUCCGCGGUGGGCACUAAACUGGGCACUAAACUAUUCGGUCAUCGGAGCUGCUGUUCCUGGGUUGUCUGGUCUCUGCCAUGAAGGGUGUCGUCUUUGAAGUAUCUGUGGUGUUUGUGUAGUUGUCUCUGGUUGUGUCUGUGUUUACCUGAAACAGUUGUUGCGGUGGAGCAGUAUGGUAUAACCAUGAAUAAGUGAUGUUUGAACUUAAAUCUGUGCUUCCGUUUGGUUUACAUUUAUUUUGGUUUUUGAUUAUGCUAGUUCUAGCUUAUGUUUGCCUGAGAUCAAAUUCGUUAAAUUUCGAGUUCA